GAUAAAGCUGACUCGCUUCCACGUGAUCACGUGCGUCAUCGUCAUAAUAUUAUUAUUACACAGAUCAGAAGAAAUCGAUUGUCUGCACGACACACAACUGCAGCUUGUUUCUACAUUACAGUUUAAUAAUAAUUUAAAGCAGAACCUAAACAUCAAACAUGAGUCUUUAUCCUUCUCUUGAAGAUAUGAAAGUGGACCAAAUGGCCAAAGCUCAACUAGCUCAAAUGCCACCUCAGCCAAUGGUUGCUAGUCAUUCAGCAACAGAAGUGACUGAAAAUUACCGAAAUGAAGCAUCAUUGUAUCCAUCUCUAAGUGAAUACAUGGGAAUGGAGAUUACCCCAGCAAUGCAGAUGCAGGUACAGCCAGCCUCUAAUGGAGCAGUAUCAACCUUCGGAAACCAAGGACAAGUAGCGCCAGUUACUGGUUAUAAUGCUGGUUUGGUAAGAGCCGAAAUCAAACAAGGAAUAAGGCAAGUGAUAGCUUGUAAAGAUGGAAAUGGCAAAGUUGGAAUGAAAGUAAAGGCUAUUAACAAAGGUAUAUUCGUAGCAUUCGUCAACAAAAACUCUCCUGCCGCUCUUGCUGGAAUCCGAUUCGGGGAUCAAAUUCUUCAGAUAAACAGUCAGUAUGUUGCCGGAUGGGAUACUGAUAAGUGUAUGAAAGUUUUGCAAAAGGCACCUAGUGAAAGAAUUGAGUUUGCUAUCAGAGAUAGACCUUUUGAAAGAACAAUUACGAUGCAAAAAGAUAGCACUGGGCAUAUUGGUUUCGUGUUCAAAGACGGCAAAAUUACUGCAAUAGUUAAAGAUUCGUCAGCAGCAAGAAAUGGUGUUUUAAUCGAUCAUCAUUUGAUUGAAAUUGGCGGUCAAAACGUAGUUGGAAUGAAAGACAAAGAAGUAUCUGAAGUAAUCAGCCAUUGUGGAACAACAGUUACCAUAACAAUAAUGCCAACAUUCGUUUAUGAUCACAUGAAAAAAUGUCUUGGUUCUGGUCUCUUGAAAAAAAUGGAUCAUUCUAUUCCCGAAGUAUAG